UUUUUGUACAAAGAAAAUAAAAUAACCAAUAAUAUUAUAAUCGGAGAAGCCAAAAAGGGAAUAAUUCUCUUCGGUUAUAAGGAAUUUUUUUUAUAGACAAAUUAAUAAUACAAAUAAUCUCUUUAUUACAUUACAUAAAAAAUAAUCUCUUUUACUACAUCCCACCUGACCUUAUGAAUUUUUAUAUCCGGAUGUGUGAAUAUUACUUGAUAUAUGGGUUUUCAAUACUAAAAAAAGUAUAUCUACAGGAAUUUGUUAAUUGGUCAAACCUAAAGAUAAAAUUACAAACAUUUAAACACAAAAGAUGCUUAAAUAUCUUAUUGCCUUAUUAUAGAAAUGUUAUCCCGGUUCUUUCCAGUUAAAUUUCCAUUAUGAGAGAGAGAAAGGUUUAUUAUAAAUAAAUAAUAAUAA